UCUUGCCACACUGUGCGCUAGCUUUGUCGUGGUGGUCGUCGACAUUGUCGCUGAGCUCUAUGGCCUCGUCGCCCCCGUCGCCCUCGCUCAGGCAACGUCUCUUAUCCAUCUCGUCUAGGAAAAAUAACAAUACUCCCCAGCUCUCCUCUCAUCUUCAAGAGACAACGGAGGCGACAACUAGUACCACCACGACCUUGACGCCCGCAAAUCCAAAUCAAUCCACCGCAACUACAUCAGCUAUACCAGAAGAUGAUGACAGCAAUAACUACAGCCGGGAGCAGGGUUCUCUCAAUGAUCAUUCCACCCUCACUAAUUCUCGAAGCAAACAUUCCGGUAAUCCGUUCUACAGACGACGGAAUAAAUCUUCAGAACAAUCAUUAACCUCCGAGUCUAAAUUACCUCAUAAAGUCUCCAAGUCGUCACCUUCGUCCACUCCAUCCCACAGACGAUCAAAAUCAAAGUCCUAUAAGCAUCGACCGUCUCUUCUUACCAGAGUCGUUUAUAAGGUCGUCCCUUGUGUUGGCUUGCAACCCGUAACGCCUGUAGAGUCUACAAGUAAUGUAGCCCCUUCUGGUCAGCGUGCAGAAUCUACAAUCGAGGUCAAGCAGCCCGCGCCUACCACGAGCGGCAACACGAAUUCGACUUCCCAAUCAGUCGGUGACCGAGAUAUACGAAACUCCACUGCCACCGAAGCUCAGAUGCAGGAGAUAGCUAUGGUACCUAUACAUCCUUCAUCGACAACUACCCCCAUUCCACUGGAGAAUCCAGAUGCAGAAGUCGUCGUUCCACCCCCGCCGACCCCUCGCCUCUUACCAGAGGACGAAACGGAUGGAUUCACGAGUGGCGCCGUUCAACCACCUGGCUCAUCAGCAGUUCACCGCUCAACGCCUGGGAAUCUGCCGUCGCCUAUUCCAAUCACCACUGACCUGUCAAGGACGACGACUCGUACUACCGAAGAAUCGGAUGAAACACAUCUUACAGAGUCUGUUUCGGCGUUGGAAGAUGAGGAAGAAGAGAGGCUGAUACGGAGUGGAGGCGUUGGUAUUCCCUUGGGACCGGACGGCACUCCCAUGCCACUUCUACCUCCGAUUGCACCUGAACACGUCGGAAGAAAAUGUCUUGUUCUAGAUUUAGACGAGACACUCGUUCACUCUUCUUUCAAGCCUAUUCCGAACCCGGACUUUAUCGUGCCUGUUGAGAUUGAAUACCAUUGGCAUCACUUCCAUGUUCUCAAGAGGCCUGGUGUGGAUUUAUUUCUGAAGGAGAUGGGAAGGAUAUACGAGGUUGUCGUCUUCACGGCCAGUCUAAGUAAAUAUGCGGACCCAGUCCUAGACCAACUUGAUACAUCGAAGGUCGUUGCGCAUAGGCUGUUUAGGGAGAGCUGUUACUCACAUAAAGGGAAUUAUGUGAAGGACCUCUCGCAACUGGGUCGCCCGCUCUCGUCCACCAUCAUUCUAGAUAACUCUCCUGCAUCAUACAUUUUCCACCAAAAUAACGCGGUCCCUGUCUCCUCGUGGUUUAAUGACCCUCAUGAUGCUGAGUUACCAGACUUGGUACCCUUCUUGGUGGAUUUGGCACCCGAAAGCGUAGGCGAUGUACGAGGCAUAUUGAACCUGGGACGGGAAUGAACGAGUAUCGCGGGAGUUCUCCUUUACCUGAAGCGUGGUCAUAUACUGCUCGCCAUACUCCCGUCGGUCCUACCUAACCGCCGGUAUCUAUACGCCACGCGCGAUCACCAUCCCUAAGCUUAACGUCCAGUAUUUUUUGUCACCUUGCUUUGGUUGCAUUGAAUUGCAUUUACCACGAAUGGAUCUACCACCCUGCUUUCCCUAUAUCUAGUUAUCUUUUCGCCAUCAAUUAUCGCAUUCGUUUGCUCGUCUCUCUUUUACUUUUGGUCGGCUGUUCUACCUUCAUCGUCGUCCUCCCGCAUCAACAAAAAUCAUCGGUCCGGUAUCGGCUUACAUAUUGCGUUGGGCUGCUGCAUCAUAUCAUCCGUCCUCUUUACUGUGUAUUGUAUACGUAUACCCAGUUUGCUCGCCUUUUCCUCUUCUUACUCAUUCCCAGUUCGCGCUGUUACGAAGCUAUUUUGGCAGUCUACGGGGACUUUUGUCAGGAACACUAGCCGGGACACUCCUCAAUACUCGUUACCUUCUAUCAUCUACAUUUCUUCGUAUUGCAUCCUACAUGGAUCCGACAUCUACCACACUCAUUCGAUUCUUCUUCUAUUACCCAGGGCUGUGCUAUAUCGUCUUCUCGCUUCUACUAUCGUUGGGUAGUGUACGCUUGGAAUGAAAGGGAUAUUGUCAACUUUACCCGGACCCGAGGAUUAUCUACUAAUUAUGUACACCACCAAAACCGGCCCAUGUCGUACAGAUAUGUGCUACUUUAUAUAUAUCCCAUAAACUCAAUAUAUCGUGAACAUAUGUUGACCA